UGGCCUCACACUCCAGUACUGUAGGUGGCGGUGUAGGCACCUACCAUUUGGAUGCGAUCCGCCAACCAAAUUCCAAAGGCUAAACGGAAGUAAAUAUGGCCAAGAACAAUUUUCACUUUUGCGUUUGUCAUUUAGACAUUUUAAUAACCAUAGAAUUCAAAAUAUGACGAAUUUAACUGCACAGCACUAAAUACUUACCCCAGAUAAUAUUUAAUUCGCGUUGGAGACAGGAUUUGGAUAGAUGUUAACGUUGUCUAGUAAGUAACGCUAGCUGCUAACAAUGGCAACGGGUUUUCACACUCAAAUAGCCUCCAUCAUGGAGGUACUAGCGAAUGCAGCCGUGGCAGAGAUCUGUAAACUCGUAGACGACGACUAUGCAGUGUUUCGUUUGGAAAUAACUCAAAGCCAGAAAGAAAACAGGGCAUUGCAGAGGAAACUUCAGCUAAUCGAACUGAAGGUGGCACGGGAGCGCGCAGAGAAGACAAUGCGAGAGCGCGUCCUCGCCAGUCGUCCCAGUAAUGUCAAGAUCCUCGACCGAUACAGAGGAAUGACAAGAGGUGAAGGACAUCUCACUGUAGGCCACAAGAGCUUUCUGAAGCCAGCGGGACACAAUACAUGGAGAGAUGACCAACCAAUCACUGUUGAUGAGGGGAGCGGAACCUCAACCCAGCACGUUAUCGUGAUAGAGUCUGAAGAUGCAAGUCCUGGGGUCAAGCUGGAGAGGUCUGAUGGAGAGGAGGACCCACUGCACAGCAGAGACACCCAGACUGGAGUGGCUGGAGUAGCCCCCCCUGUAGCCACGGAGGACCCCAUCACUGCCCCAGAGCUGCCCAGGCCCCGACAUAGCAUCACGGAGGAGGAGGAGGGUCCAGAGGUGCUGCUGGUGAAGGAUGAGGGGUGUGAGGAGGAUCUUGGGAACCCUGAGGAGACCAUGGUCAUGGAGGACAACCAGACUACACCUCCUGAACCCACAGAGGAACCAGCUGAGCAGCACAGGACCACACAGAGUCUCACUGAGUCAGUAGACAUGGAGGAUGGGAAGCCUGAUCUGCUUCUGGUCAAAGAGGAGACAAUAGAAGAUGGACCAGAGAGCAUUGAUCUGCUGAGUGGACUAAAGAUGGGGGAGCAAGGUGGUUGGUUGGAGGCUAACAGAGGAGACUGGAUGGCCAUUUUGGAUUCCCAGUCCGAUGCAGUUAAGGGACCAGGGGAGAACGUCACUGAGCAGGCCAGGACCAGAGGCGACAUAGUAGAGGUCUGUGGGUGGGACAGCGUCCUCAACUCUGGGCCUGGGAUCAAUAAGGUUAACCACAACCAGAAACAGACAGACAAACACAAAACAACAACUGAACUUAGUCUCUAUGACAACAGACUGGCUGAGACCACAGCGAGGCGUAGAUUUGGUCUACGGGGACAGGGAGGUGUCCGUAUGCGGCUGGAGAGAACAGACACUGACUCCGCUAGCGAUGCUCCGUCCUGCUCCUAUAGUUGUGAUUCAGAGAGACUGAUGGCGCCUCAGGUUAACCCUCCAACAGGUGCUUCCUUCAGCCUGCCUUCUAUAGGAUCUAUCAACUGGAACAUGGAUGCUGUGACAACACAGACACUCCCUGGCCUUCAUCCUCCUCACACUCUCCUAAUGUUAAACCAGACCUCAGACAAUGCUUCAACACUAAAUGGCUACACAAGCCCAUUGACAAAUGACAGUAGUAGAGACGGAAUCAGUAAAGAGAAGCGCUUCCUGUGUUUGUUCUGUGGGAAAGCUUUCAGUUUCCCCAAACAGGUGGAGAUCCACCAGAGGAUACACACAGGGGAGAAACCAUUCGGCUGCCACCUGUGCCGGGCCCGUUUCUCCCGAUCGACCCACCUGAAGAGGCACCAGAGGGUCCACACAGGGGAGAAACCCUACAGCUGUCCACAAUGUGAGAAGAGGUUCUCCCACCAGCACAAUAUGAAAGUGCACCUGAAGGUCCACACGGGAGAAGCCGUUCGCCUGUACGCACUGCGGGAAGAGGUUCUCAGAGAGGAGAUAUGUCAGGAUACACCAGCAGAAAAUGCACACGACCCAUGUAUAGAGUAUAGUGACAUGUAAUGUAUAGUACAAGCAUUUUGCUACACCUGCAAUAACAUCUGCUAAACGUGUGUGUGGCCAAUAUAAUUUGAUUUGAUGAUUUAGUACUAGAUAGUUUGUAGUUCAUUCUGUUAGUUUGGGAUGUAGUAGGGAACUGGAUGAGGUGAACUGGGGAAAGAAAGAGAGUGAGACAGAGUAGAUGAUAUGGUGAUGGUUGGUGUGAUGGUGUCUGUAAAAAUGCUUCACUGAUGUAAAGUGACAACCUUGUCCUAUUUGUGUGCAGUGUAAAGUUUGAUCCUUUUCAAAAGUAUUCUAAAUGUAAUUUGAUCAAAGUGAGGGUACCAGAUUUACAGAAAAGGUCAAGUGUUACCAUAAUGAGAAGUUAUUCGACUUGUCACGUAUCAUUUUAUGCACUAAAAGUACUAUAAUUCACAUUAUGAGUGUAGGACUAUUUGAUUGAAAUUAAAUAACACAACAUUGACUGUGCUGACUGACUUAGUUAUUUUUGUAUCAUUGCAGGGACUGAGUUUCCCUUAUCUCAGUCAAAACAAACAUUAUACUUAAUUCACAUAUGGACAUUUUUUAUAAUAAACUACAUUGGCUCCAUAUUGUUAGGUACUUGAAUCACAGUGUUAGAGAUGGGCUUGACUGUGGUUAACAUUUUAUAAUAUUAUGUUUGUGUUACGGUAAAGUUUCUUAUAUAAAUCUUCUGUUCAAUUUGUGUUUACUGUCUGCAGUCCAUGGGGGACCUGCUGAUAUCCAGUGUUGCUGGUUUUGAGAGAUUUUACCACGGAAGUGGCUGGUCUUAAACCAUUGCCAAAGAUCAGGAGCCGUCGCUGUUCCUUCUGAGUAGAAACCGGUACCGAACCACAAGGGCCAGAGACUCCACCACUACACAGAACACAAGCUGCGGACAGAUGGAUUCAAUAACUUCAGUCCUGGUGGUCAUCAGGGAGACAGAGGCUCCAGUCAGGGAUCCAGUCUGCAGCCCAGACCCUUCUCUUCACAGUCUCAGUGCAGGGAUGAAGCAGGGCCUGGGGCUGAUAGAGAUAGACCCUCCUGUUCCUAUGAUACAAACACCACAGUGUCCAUGAUGAACAGAGCAGGUCACCCUGGGCUUCAGCCUUCACAGAGAGUGGUGGGAGACUCCCCUGGUGGUAGUCUAUCAGCAAGUCUGUCUUCUCCUUCAGGGUCUUGUCUAAUGCCUGGUGACUGAGUUCAUAGAAAGACUGGGUCUAGCCUUCCUUAGCUACCUCAGUACAGACAGGGUCAGGAUGAGCGUUCAACACGAAAGUUACCUAGCCUACAUCACAGCACACAAUCCCAACAACACGCAAAACAAUGUCUAGAGGGAGCUCAAAGACUAGCUACCUGAGGGUGGGUGGCUCCUGCUUCUCUCUCCUCUAGUGUCAUUGGGUCACAACGUGGGAGGUUGAGCAUUAGGAUGGACGCCGACAAGUCGUACCCCUCCACGUUUGGGAAUCACUUUACUGAGGCGAACUGUGAAUAAGCACCAGACCGUUCACAUCAAGGAGAGGUCCUUCAAGUGCAAACUAUGUUACAAGAGCUUCUCCUUCCUGACUAACCUUACCAGACAUAGGAGUGUCCACAAAGGGGAGAAAUCGUAGCAGUGUGGCUUGAGAUGUACACAGGGGAGAUCUGGGAAACCAUUCUUUGGUGACAUAUUAUAGUUAUCAUGUGAAGUGUCUUGGGUAAGAGGGUAAUUAACCACAUUAUUAACCCUUCGUUAACUUGUCAUUUGAAACAGGUAUAAACAAAUACCUGUUUUUAGAGAGAAAGUAAACAUGGACUAGAACAGGACAGUUAAAUAUUUACCUUACUGAGGUGAUGUAGAUGGAAUAAAGUCAUAUUAUUUUCUACACUAUUCUUGCUAACACACUGUUCUUUAUUAACAAGUA